AUGACGAGCGAAUUUGUUCAUCUGCAUUUGACAAUAUUUUGGUUUGUUCAAGAUGUGCAAGCCUCAGCUAUAUAUUCAGCACUUGGUUUCGAUAACGCACUCAACACAACCAUAACAUUAUCAUUCAUGGCUUAUUCUACUAUGUUUUCCAUCUUCUGCAUAUUCGUUGCGAUUAGUUUCGUUCGUUUCGUGAAUCGAGUGAAGCAUUUAAGAGAACGGAGCGAAGAGAAAGCGAGAAAUUCGUUAGCACUGAUGAGAUCAAUCCGGGAUGAUAUGAUCGAGCUUAAAAGUCAAAAGAGAGCAAUUGAGAUUACUUGUGAAUUGCGUGUAGAAGAUGGCUUUUUUGAGGAGACUUUCGUAAUUGAGGAUAGAGGAACGGUUUAUGGAGAGGGAAUGAAUCGAGUGAAUUUUACGUUCAGGUUUAACGAGGAGCGUGAUCGUGAUGAAGCAGCCGCUGCUGCAGCAAGUGCUGAACGACUGCAAAAAUCUGCCGAGGUGACCAAGAAAGGAUCGAAGUCGCAAUGGGAACGACGAUUGUCGCCAACACGAGAAACAAAACACGCCGCCACUCCAGUCAAAACCAGCCAAGCAAAAGAAGAGCGUCUUCCUGUUAAGACGAAGCAUAAGUCGAAUCGUCGUAAGGAAUUGACUGAGAAACGAUUGCUUCACGAUGACCUCACUCAGUCACCCGAUGUGAGAACGUCUCAAGAACGCAAAGAAAAAAUCAGCGCAAAGAAACAAAUUCUCAAAAUUAUUUCGAAGCGAUCCACAAAAAAACAACCGUUAAAGAGUUCAUCAUUGGAGUCGACACAAACACUACAAAGCACCCGUUCCACACAAAUUUCGAUGAAUCGCUCAUUGAGGGAGACGGUCACUCAAGCAUCAGCUGUCAAACGCUCUUCUGUAGCACCUGGUGUGAUACGCACUGGCCUAUCGACGAUAAAGCCACCAAAACCGACCAAAUUACCAAAGAUAACAACACCACGAAAGAAUCGUCGACGUAAACCGAAACAUAAAAACACUGCAGCCGUGUUGGAGGUUACUACAGUUGAGAAAACUCAGGAGACCGUUCAAAGCCUGAAUGAGUCUUUGACCGAAGCCAAACUCCCAGCUAUUGUCCACCCACAAAAGGUUGGAUCGGCUCACGAGAAAAUUUCCACCAUCAAGCCGAAAGGUGAAUCGCGCCAUAAGUUCACCACUCCAUCGACUGUCAGUCAUACGAAAGUGAUCACAGCAGCUAAACCGGCGGAUAUGACUACUGUUCGCCUUCCACCUCCUUUAGUCAAACCGCAACCAGAAAUCGUCGUUAAUUCGAUAUCCACCCGGACUGCAGCUCGUCCCGCCGUGUCAGCAGUAAUACAAGAACCUGACAACGAAAAUGCUCCGACGCAGCAAUCCCUAAUGCAAAAUCUAUCUGCAUCAACUCAAAUGACAAUCCUCAAAACAACUAACUCUUCGUUUGCAACUCCAUCUGGAAAGGAACCGAUAGCACAAGAAACUAUUCCAAAAGUUCCGCAAACUACUACGCCGGCUUUGACCUCAUUCAGUACCACGCGAACCCAAAGAGAAGCCUACGAAGAUAUUUCGUCGAAUGUGAGUCUUUCGGCUCGCUCAGAGAGGACAAAACCAUUGAAGAAACGCAUGCCUAAGAAAGAAACUCGAGUACGAUAUUUAUCUGCUCCAUCACCACGAACACACAAGCGAACGCACAGUAAUAAGCCUGCUGCAAAGCUAUUGAACACUCCAAAAGGUUCCAAGAAAACACCACUAAAAGGUCCAUCGACAAAAGGUGGCUCAACUCACAAGACUCCGUCAGCAAAGCCGCGAUCGAUGCAUCGAUCUGUUUCACGAACACAAGCACCAGUCGACUCUGGAUUAUCACAUCCGACUACCUCUCGCACUCUACCUGCAAGAGAUGUGAAGCACGCGGCUGCCAGACGUCGAGCCGAAACAACAAAGCCUUCAAAGCAUUUGGUACCGGUGAGCACCUCAACGAAACCAGACAAAGGAACUGAAGCGACCAAGAGUCGUAAACGUGAACAGCGAAGGUACCACCAAAAUUCCGAUUCCAGUUCCCUAACAGAGAAAAAUAUUUCCGAGUGUGGCAUUGUUCAUAAAUCGAGCAGAAUAAUUAAUUCAAGCAUCGAGAUUCAGUGA